AACAGGUCAGCCCUCACCCCCCGUCGUCCCAGGCAUGGCCCCAACGAGAGCGCUGCCCGCCCUCUGGUUGUCCAUGGCCGCCGCCGCCAGCUAUGUCGUCGGAGAAAAGUACUGCAGGUUGUGCUAUCUGAAGGGCAGUUCCAUGGUCCCCACUAUCCAAGCCCAGGGCGACGUCGGGCUGCUGGACCGCCGCUGCCUUGCCGGCUACGACUUCUCCCACGGCGACGUCGUUGUUUUCAGGUUGUCGACGGAUCAUGGGAUGAAGAUGGUCCAGAGGCUGAUCGCGCUGCCGGGGGAUUGGAUUCAGAUCCCGGAGAAGCGGGACAUCCGGCAGGUCCCCAGCGGCCACUGUUGGGUGGAAGGGGACAAUGCCGGCAACAGCUGGGACUCGAGACACUAUGGCCCCGUUCCUCUGGACCUGAUGGAAGGGAAGAUCACACACAUAAUCUGGCCACCCCAUAGAGUGCGUCGGGUGGACAGGAUGGUACCGGAAGGCAGGAUUAUGCCUCUGUCAGCAACUCCAAGGAGGAAGCAACAAUAGGGUCUCAAUCGACCGCAUCGAAGGCGUCAACAAUUGGAAGGUCUUCAUACAAGAAUGCAUAACAGAGGUGAAAUGUAAUAAAAUGGGAUAGAUGAAUAAUAUAUGAGAACUUAUCUCUAUUGCCUUAGCAUUCUCAGUAUGUCUCUCGUUACAUUAGAUAAACUUAUAAACAUACCUUCGGCUCCUGAACAAUGGGAUGCACGAAGGUUCUUCGAAGGCUAAGCACUAUGAAGUUAUGGCCCUUGUAAAAGGUAUCUUAUGUAGGACAUUGUUCAUCUAUUUAUAGGGGAGAUGAACCGCCUUAGUAUAGAUUUACAAUAAUUCCCAUCAGUUUUUACAUAAGUCGUUUACAAAUGACAUC